AUGCCGAAAGCUACAACUGCAUGCUGUGUUCCUAUUGUUCAUUCAACGUCAUUUCCGUUUAGACUUUCUGAUUGUGGAAACAUGAAAAGUGAUCAUGAAUUUUAUGUUGAAUGUGAUAAUACGAGAGGCAGUGUUGCCAAUGCAAUUAAACAACUACAUCAGGAAUCGAAAUACCUUCAUAUACUUUCACGUGCUCAUAAAACAUUGAGUGAAUCUGGUUUGUNUAAUCGUGUAGUCUCACUUGAUUCAGGAGUACAUUCUGAUUAUCCUGGUCUUCAUGAUCCGGUCUAUGUUAAACGCCGAAAAGAAUUCGCUGAUAUAGCUCAUCAAUAUCGACAUGGUCAAUCGAUUCCGCGUGUUACUUACACAGAAGAAGAAAUCGCAAUAUGGGGAACCAUAUUUCGUGAACUAACUAAACUUUAUCCAACACAUGCAUGUAAAGAGUUUAACAAUAUUUUCCCAUUAUUGAUUGAGAGUUGUGGUUAUAAUGAAACGAAUAUACCUCAAUUAGAAGAUGUAUCACAAUUUCUUCAAAAACGUACAGGUUUUCGACUCCGACCCGUAGUUGAUUUUGCAAAAUUUGGUCAAGAAAUUGGCAUGGCUAGUUUAGGCGCAUCUGAUGAAUAUAUAAGUCGCUUAGGUAUGAAUUUAGCUUUAUUGUUUGUUUUACCAGAGGCAGUAUACUGGUUUACUAUUGAGUUUGGCUUAUGUGUUGAAAAUAAUGAACGAAAAGUUUAUGGAGCUGCUAUUUUAUCGUCAUUUGGUGACUUACAAUAUAUUCUUUCGGGUAAACCAUCUGUAAAACCAUUUGAUCCAUUCCGCGCUUCGAUUGAGCCCCAUGAAACAUCAACUUAUCAACCAGCUUAUUUCGUAGCUGAAAGUUUUAAAGAUGCAAAAGAAAAAUUCCAAUAUGUUUGA